CAGAGUGUCAGCAGGGCAGUGUUUAUAUAAACCUCUGUAAUUCUUCCUGUGAAGUACAAACCAAUCCAGAGAGAACUUGAGUGAUGUCGACCCUAAAAGAGAUCUGUGCCGGAUUACCACUUGAUCCUCUUCCUCCAAACCGUGGCAGAGACCCCAGCAUACCGCAUGCACCUGUCCGUACUCCAAACCUCACCCCAGCGGAAGAACGGCUGGCUUUGAGGAAUGCUUUGAGAUACUUUCCUCCUAACCUGCAUGCUAGUCUGGCUACAGAGUUUGUGCAGGAGCUCAGACAGUAUGGACACAUUUACAUGUACCGCUUCUGUCCUACGCUACAUAUGAGAGCCUAUCCUAUCGAUCAGUACCCAUGCAGAACAAGACAAGCUGCUUCCAUCAUGCUUAUGAUAAUGAACAACCUGGAUCCUGCUGUAGCACAGUUCCCACAAGAGCUGGUCACAUAUGGAGGAAACGGACAGGUGUUCAUCAACUGGGCACAGUUCUGGUUGGUAUUUCACUAUCUGAGCACCAUGACUGAAGAGCAGACCCUUGUGAUGUACAGUGGGCACCCAUUGGGACUUUUUCCCAGCCUUCCUUCUUCACCUCGCUGUGUUAUCACAAACGGCAUGGUCAUUCCAAACUAUUCUUCCAGAGAGGAAUAUGAGAAGAUGUUUGCUAUGGGCAUUACAAUGUAUGGGCAGAUGACUGCUGGAAGUUACUGCUACAUCGGCCCGCAGGGAAUUGUCCACGGCACCAUGUUGACAGUGCUCAAUGCAGGUCGGAGAUACUUGGGUUCAGGUGACCUGAGAGGUCGUGUGUUUGUGACAUCCGGUCUGGGAGGCAUGAGCGGAGCACAAGCAAAGGCAGCGGUCAUUGCUGGCUGUGUUGGGGUCAUUGCAGAGGUUGAUGAAACUCCACUGAAGAAAAGGCAUGAGCAGGGCUGGUUGAUGGAGAUCACUAGUGACCUGAGCCACUGCAUCCAACGCAUCAGGGAGGCUAGAAAGGCCAAGAUGGCCUUGAGUUUGGGAUACCAUGGCAACAUUGUGGAUCUCUGGUAAUGCCUGUACCAGGACUAUAAGAAGACAGGAGAGUUGUUGGUUGAUUUGGGUUCUGAUCAGACAUCACUUCAUAAUCCAUUCAGUGGAGGAUAUUAUCCAGUGCAACUUGCCUUCAGACAAGCCAAUCAGCUCAUGAACACUGACCCUGAGCGCUUCAAAACCCUGGUACAUGAAAGUCUUCGCAGGCAGGUGGCUGCCAUCAAUAAAUUGUCUGAUGCAGGGAUGUUCUUCUGGGACUACGGCAAUGCUUUUCUGUUAGAAGCCCAGAGAGCAGGUGCGGAGGUAGAGAAGAAAGGAGGAGGAGCUACUGAGUUUAAAUAUCCUUCAUAUGUCCAACACAUAAUGGGAGAUAUUUUUUCACUGGGUUUUGGGCCAUUUCGUUGGGUCUGUACAUCUGGUGACCCUGCUGACCUGGCUGAGACCGACUCAAUCGCCACUGCUGUACUAGAACAGACAAGUUCCACAGUAACCGAACGUGUCCGACAGCAGUACAGUGACAACAUCCGCUGGAUCCGUGAAGCAGGAAAACACAAGAUGGUUGUUGGUUCGCAGGCCCGUAUUCUCUAUUCGGACCAGCGAGGAAGAGUAUCCAUCGCCUUGGCUAUAAACCAAGCCAUUGCUAAGGGCAGAGUCUCGGCUCCGGUAGUUAUCAGUAGAGACCACCAUGAUGUCAGCGGGACAGACAGCCCCUUCAGGGAAACCUCCAAUGUUUAUGAUGGCUCGGCCUUCUGUGCAGACAUGGCAGUGCAGAACUUUGUUGGUGAUGCAUUCCGUGGUGCCACAUGGGUUGCUUUGCACAAUGGAGGAGGAGUUGGAUGGGGGGAAGUGAUAAAUGGUGGUUUUGGAUUGGUUCUGGAUGGUUCUGAAGAAGCAGGGCAAAAAGCUAAACUAAUGCUGAACUGGGAUGUCUCUAAUGGGGUGGCACGGAGAUGCUGGUCUGGCAAUGCUAAUGCUUAUGAGACAAUUCAACGUACCAUGGAGAACCAGCACCAGCUGAGAGUCACAAUGCCCAACCCAGUACAGGACGAUCAAAUCCUGGACCGUGCACUGCAGUAAAAGACUGAACGUUUUUUUUUGUUUUGUUUUUUUAAAUAUGACAUUAUUCAUUAAAAAGCAACAGAAUUAGUGUUUAUUAACACAAUUUUUUUCAUACCAGAAAAAAAUUGUAAAUGUAAAGUAAUAAAAAU